AUGAAAAACAAUUUUGGUACAAAAGUUUCUGAUUCUGCAUCCCCAGACAAGAAACCCGGGAUUACGUUUGUGGAGUCGACUGACAACGUAGAGCCGACACCAUUAGUGGUGUGUUCAGUGGAGUCUGCUGCUCUCCGAAACCCAGACAAACCAAUCUAUUACUUCAUGAAGGGAUUCAGUGGCAACUUGAGCCAGUAUCCACAGCCUGAGUACAAAGGCAUCCCAUUGCUCUCAUCAGUGAGGAAUGUCACCAUUCUAUCCUUGAAUGUCACUGAACUGUUUGAAGGGACUCCAUUGAAAAGCUGGUAUCAAAAGGUAAAACCAGAGAAGGAGAGGUACUGGGCACAUGUACUUGCUGAUGGCUGCAGAUUGGCACUGCUCUGGAAAUAUGGGGGAACCUACCUGGAUACUGACAUUAUAUCACUGAGGUCUAUGCCGUUUGCCAACUUUACAUGUCCAGAGAGCCCAGGAACAUUCAGUAAUGGGGCACUUGGUUUCUAUCAUAAGCAUCAUACAUUUUUAUGGAAUUGCAUGGAAGAUUUUGUGGCCCAUUACAAUGGGGAUAUUUGGGGUCAACAGGGUCCUCAACUGAUCACCCGUGUGCUGAAGAAAUGGUGCAAUACUAGUAAACUAGCCACCUUCAUUGGCAAGGAAUGCAAUGGCAUCUCUAUAUGGAUCACAAAACGUUUCUAUCCAAUCUCAUAUUCAGCAUGGGAGAGGUACUACGUUCACUGGGAAAAGGGGAAUAUAGAACGGGCCUUCUCCGCUACAUUUGGAGCACAUGUCUGGAAUUAUAUGAAUUCCAGAAAGAAAAAAAGUAUUGUUGCUGGAAGUGGAUCAUUAAUUGAAAACUUUUUCCAACUGCAUUGUCCAAUCACAUACAAAAAUUUAAUUCAAUCCAGAAAUACAGUGGGAAUGCUUGGCAGGACAGUGGAAUAUUCCUUUUGUGGGAUGGUGGAAGGCAGGGAGACCUCCAGUGAACCCAAUCACUACACCUGCAAGAAGUGCAUCCAACUUCAGCUUCUUCUUGAUUCUGUUCUGGAACUGGAGCUGCAGCUGAAAGAGCUGCAGAUCAUUUGGGAGGCUGAGUGGCUGAUUGACAGGACAUACAGGGAAAUCAUUACACCUAAGGUGCAGCACAUAGAGCUGAAACUGGUGAAGCACCUGGACAACAGUGGUUGUAUGGGCAAUCUCUCAUCUCAGGCACUGAACCUUAAAAUUCUGGGCAUGUUCGACUGA